AAUGCAUUGCGAAGAUAGCCGGAAAUGGAAGGAGGCAGUCAGCUGACUGUUGUUGAAUAGUUUUUGACUUUUUAACGCAGUCGUUUAGUCAUUUAAGUUUAGGCUUGUUUGCAUUGUUAUAUGUUAGUGAGUUGCUAGCUAUGUUACGACCAAAGGCAUUAACGCAGGUUCUCAGCCAGGCGAACACAAACGGAGUCCAGAGCACACUCUUACUGAAUAAUGAAGGAUCACUCCUGGCCUACUCUGGGUACGGAGAUACUGACGCACGGGUGACAGCUGCCAUUGCGAGCAACAUCUGGGCGGCCUACGACAAGAAUGGCCACCAAGCCUUUAACGAAGACAAACUGAAAUUCAUUCUCAUGGAUUGUAUGGAGGGGAGAGUGGCUAUCACCCGUGUCGCCAACCUGCUACUGUGUAUGUACGCCAAAGAGACAGUGGGUUUUGGAAUGCUUAAAGCCAAGGCAGAAGCUCUGGUGCUGUACCUGGAGGAACCAUUAACACAAGUAGCAGCAUCCUAGUGGAGAUGUGACUGAAGCUCUGCCUGUUGCCUAUGUGUGCAUGGGGAAAAGACAUCAUGUGACCCAGGCAUUUCAUGGACUACUGUAACAUUCUGUGUACAUGCACAUAUCUAUGAGUGUUUGUGGGAGUGUGUGUGUUGGAGUGAGGGGGGUUAGUGUGUUUAUAUUCAUGGUAUUGAAACUAUUAAGUUGUAUUGAGUUUCUAUUGAUUUGCCCAGCUUUAUGACUCUUGUGCUCAUCUAAUUGUCUGUUCUGAAAGUCCACAUGAAUUUUUAAUAGUAACUCUAAGUGAACAACUGCUGAAAUGAUCCGAUCCACUGUUCCUACGGUUGAUUCAUUCAUUUGCAGGUUAAGCUCGGGCAACUAAGCAGAAAAUGUAAAACUUUGAACCCUGUCGGUGGAGUCAAAUGGUUUCUGAAAACGUUCAGGACAAUGCAGUUGAUUUUUAUUCAUUUUGUUUUGUUUCAAAGCUAUCAAAUAAACAACUUUUGGUUUCA